CACACAAUGGGCGACGACGCGCUGGCACCGUCCGGGACGCGGUGGUAGAAUAACAACCACCGUCCGGUUCGCUCGGCUUGGAAUGGAAUGGAAGCAACGGAGUAGGAGCCGGAGCUGCGAGGAAGUCCACAGAGAAGUGGUUUUACGCACCGGGGGUCUUCGUGGAGCGGAGCGCAGCUGCCGUGAACCCGGACGGAGGACGCGCCUGCCGUUCGCUGCCAGUUUAAAUUCCAGUAGGAUGAACACGGAAUGCAUUUCCUGCGUCAAAGUCCGCGCUGUUUGCACAUCUGGAUUAAAAAAAAAAAAAACGGCGGUUAGUUUAUGAGCCGCAGGGUUUUUUUGCCUCCUGCUUCUCUGUUGUGGUUUGACCCGUUUUACUGUUUUCAGGUUCAUUGGCUCUGCUUUAACCUCAUGCUCAUCAUUCAGUCUGAAGGAAUCCACAGCAUUUAACAGGUUUGGAGUAACCUUCAAUUCAGACUGAUACAAGUGUCUGGAGGUGAUAAGUUUGUGGAUUUAUUCAGGGAUGUACCUACUUGACAGUAACUGCACUGAACGCAUGGAAAGGGGAACGCCUCAGAGGAAAACCGUCUACCGGAUCUCCCUCACCCUGGUCAAGAGGGAGAGUUUGGACGAUGGGGAUGAAGGUGGAGGCCCCCGGCGGGCGGAGAACCCCAAAGUGGGAGUGUUUCGUCGCGAGGGUUCGGUGGAGGUCCAGCGUGGCGGCCUCCUGGAGCAGCUCAAGGAGGUGGAUGACGAAUCUGAGGACUUUUCUUCAUCUCAGGGCUACAUGAGGAACUUCAGGACGUUCAGCACGGGGCAGCUGGAGCUGGGCCGGCUGAAAACCUCCAGGAAGCAUCAGAAGGAUGUGAAGGAAGCAGCAGAUCCAAACCGAUUGAAAGAGGAAAUCUGCUCUGAAAACCGUCCAUCUGCAGAGAACGUCAAGAGGAAGAGGCUGCUGAAGGCGAAGAGCGUGGAGGAGAAGAGCUCAGAGCCUCCUGUCAGUGGUGAAGGGAAGACAUCGCAGUCCAAAAGCAACGGGAAAACAGCAAAAGCCCCCCAGGACGCCGGCACCCCGCCUCUGAAGCGUCCACCUGGUCUUCUACGUCGUAGCUUCAGCUUCAGACACUGGACGGGUGGAGAGCUGCUUCGCCUGAAAGCGCUUUCCAAAGACAAACACCACAGCAGCUCCGGUUGCAUCGUCCAGGACGCCACAGGACCCAGGGAGGAGGCCACAGAGGCCGUCGUGGACCAUCACCAGCGCCGCCUCCCUGACCCCUCCAGAGAGAAAAGCAGGACGCUGGAGGUUGGAGCCGUCCUCAACAAGACCGACUCCAUGACCGAGCUGAGCCGCCUGGAGCGAGCGCGAGGCAGCAAGAACCGAACCCUGGACAACAGCGACCUGCUGCGUCUGUCGGCCGAGAAGGACGCCUCAGGAGGGGCCUUCCUUCUGCGGGGAGGGGGGGGUCGGUCCAGCGAGAGGCGCCUGGUUCGGUUCUUCAGUGGGAUCUUCUCUAGGAGGGACGGGGCCACCACGUCGACGCCGGUGGGAAGCCCUGGCACCAACCGGUCACUCCGACGCCUUAAAAGGACAGUGUUGUCACAGUCCAGCACAGAGAGCAUGAACGGAGGAAACACUGAUGAUGCGUUCGUGAACAGUCAGGAAUGGACACUGAGCCGAACGGUACCAGAGCUGAAAGUGGGCAUUGUGGGUAACCUGGCAAGCGGGAAGUCGGCGCUGGUCCACCGGUAUCUGACGGGGACGUACGUCCAGGAGGAGUCGCCCGAAGCUGACGUGGAUGCAGGCGGACGAUUUAAGAAGGAGAUCGUGGUGGACGGUCAGAGUCACCUGCUGCUCAUCAGGGAUGAAGGAGGCCCCCCAGAGGCUCAGUUCGCGCUGUGGGUGGACGCCGUCAUUUUCGUCUUUAGUCUGGAGGACGAGAUCAGCUUCCAGACGGUUUACCACUACUUCAGCCGCCUCGCCAACUACAGGAACACCGCCGACCUGCCACUGGUUCUGGUCGGAACACAAGACGCCAUCAGCUCGGCCAACCCGAGGGUGAUCGACGACAGCCGAGCCCGGAAACUGUCCAACGACCUCAAACGCUGCACCUACUAUGAAACCUGCGCCACCUACGGCCUCAACGUGGAACGAGUCUUCCAGGACGUUGCCCAGAAGAUUGUUGCCACCAGAAAGAAGCAGCAGUUGUCCAUCGGUCCAUGUAAGUCGCUGCCCAACUCGCCGAGUCACUCGUCCGUUUCUGCCGCUCAGGUGUCGGCCGUCCACAUCAGCCAGACGAGUAACGGCGGCGGCAGUUUGAGCGACUACUCGUCGUCGGUGCCAUCGACGCCGAGCACCAGCCAGAAGGAACUUCGAAUCGACGUCCCGCAGACGACUAACACGCCAACGCCGGUCCGAAAGCAGUCCAAGCGCCGAUCCAACCUGUUCACGUCGAGGAAAGCCAGCGAGCCGGACAAGGACAAGAAAGGCCUGGAGAAUCGGGCGGACAGCAUCGGCAGCGGUCGCGCCAUCCCCAUCAAACAGGGGAUGCUGAUGAAGAGGAGCGGGAAAUCCCUCAACAAGGAAUGGAAGAAGAAAUACGUAACGCUGUGUGAUAAUGGACUACUGACCUACCACCCCAGUCUGCACGACUACAUGCAGAACGUCCACGGGAAGGAGAUCGACCUCCUGCGGACCACGGUGAAGGUUCCGGGUAAACGGCCGCCUCGCGCCGUGUCAACAUGCGCCGCCGUUCCCAGCCCCAAGACCAACGGCCUGACCAAGGACAUGAGCAGCCUGCAGCUCGGACCCACACCAGGUUCGGUCAGCAGCAGCUCGUCAGCGUCUCAGAUGGCGAGCGGCGUCAGCCUCGUGUCCUUCAACAGUCGUGGUCUGGAGGGGAUGCACCAGCGCUCGUACUCCGUCUCCAGCGCCGACCAGUGGACCGACGCCACCGUCAUCGCCAACUCCGGAGUCAGCACAGAUACAGGUCUUGGUGACUCCGUCUGCUCCAGUCCCAGUAUCUCCAGCACCACCAGUCCAAAGAUGGAGCCCCCGCCGUCGCCCCACGCCAACCGCAAAAAGCACCGGCGGAAGAAGAGCACCAGCAACUUCAAAGCCGACGGCCUCUCUGGUACUGCAGAAGAACAAGAGGAGAACUUUGAGUUUACCAUCGUGUCGCUGACGGGGCAGACGUGGCAUUUUGAAGCCACUUCGUACGAGGAACGCGACGCCUGGGUUCAGGUCAUCGAGAGUCAGAUCCUGGCCAGUCUUCAGUCCUGCGAAAGCAGCAAGAACAAGUCGCGUCUGACAAGCCAGACGGAGGCCUUGGCGCUCCAGUCCAUCCGAAGUAUUCGAGGAAACGGCCGAUGCGCCGACUGCGAAGCUCAGAACCCGGACUGGGCCAGCCUGAACCUGGGGGCCCUGAUCUGCAUCGAGUGCUCGGGGAUCCACCGGAACCUGGGCACCCACCUGUCCCGGGUCCGGUCCCUGGACCUGGACGAGUGGCCCCUGGAGCUCAUUAAGGUCAUGUCGUCCAUCGGCAACGAGUUGGCCAACAGCGUCUGGGAGGCCAACGCCCAGGGCCGCCUCAAACCCGGACCUGACGCCAGCAGUGGCCCGUUCAUCCCUCACCCCGAACGCCUGCCCACAGCGACGGCCGGUCCAGGUCUCAUUAACAUCAGCGAGUCUCGGGCUGAGGAGAGGAUUCUGUCGCCGCUAAUCCCGUCAUCACCUCAGCUGGCACGGCCGCCCGGUGCCGCGCCCCAGCUGAUGCCACCGCUGAAGGGGCUGCUAAGUUUGGGCGCGCUGCCCAUCGUGGAGCACCCUCGGUCCUCAGUUCUUGGCGCCACAGCUCAUUGUUUUAAUUAUCUGUCGAGUGGUGCAUCAACACCAGCACCCAAGGCCUGUUAG